UUAAUGGCGCAGCGCGCGGGCUCGCGGGCUCCUGGGUGGCCCAGCGCGGCGGACGAAGAUGUCGGGGACCCGAGCCUCCAACGACCGGCCCCCCGGCGCGGGCGGCGUCAAGCGGGGGCGGCUGCAGCAGGAGGCGGCGGCGACCGGCUCCCGCGUGACCGUGGUGCUGGGCGCGCAGUGGGGGGACGAGGGCAAAGGCAAGGUGGUGGACCUGCUGGCCACGGACGCCGACAUCGUCAGCCGCUGCCAGGGGGGCAACAAUGCUGGCCACACCGUGGUGGUAGACGGCAAAGAGUAUGACUUCCACCUGCUGCCCAGCGGCAUCAUCAACACCAAGGCCGUGUCCUUCAUCGGCAACGGUGUGGUCGUCCACCUGCCGGGCUUGUUUGAGGAAGCCGAGAAGAACGAGAAGAAAGGCCUGAAGGACUGGGAGAAGCGGCUCAUCAUCUCCGACCGGGCCCACCUCGUGUUCGACUUCCACCAGGCGGUGGACGGGCUGCAGGAAGUGCAACGCCAAGCCCAGGAGGGGAAGAACAUCGGCACCACCAAAAAGGGAAUUGGACCGACCUACUCCUCCAAGGCUGCCCGGACAGGUCUCCGCAUCUGCGACCUGCUGUCGGACUUUGAUGAAUUUUCCACCAGAUUCAAGAACCUGGCCCACCAGCACCAAUCCAUGUUCUCCAGCCUGGAGAUAGAUGUCGAAGGCCAGCUCAAGAGUCUCAAGGGCUUUGCCGAACGGAUCAGACCCAUGGUCCGAGAUGGGGUCUACUUCAUGUACGAGGCGCUCCACGGCCCCCCCAAGAAGGUCCUGGUGGAAGGCGCCAACGCUGCCCUCCUCGACAUCGACUUCGGGACCUACCCUUUUGUGACGUCGUCCAACUGCACAGUGGGUGGCGUGUGCACAGGGCUGGGCAUCCCGCCCCAGAACAUAGGCGAUGUGUACGGUGUGGUGAAGGCCUACACCACCCGUGUGGGCAUUGGAGCCUUCCCCACGGAGCAGAUCAAUGAAAUCGGAGAUCUGCUGCAGAACCGUGGCCACGAGUGGGGGGUGACCACAGGCAGGAAGAGGCGCUGCGGCUGGCUGGACCUGAUGAUCCUGAGAUACGCGCACAUGGUCAACGGCUUCACGGCGCUGGCCUUGACCAAGCUGGACAUCCUGGACAUCCUGAGUGAGAUUAAAGUUGGCAUCUCAUACAAGCUCAACGGGAAGAGGAUUCCCUACUUCCCAGCUAACCAGGAGAUACUCCAGAAGGUCGAGGUAGAGUACGAGACACUACCUGGCUGGAAAGCGGACACCACAGGUGCCAGGAAGUGGGAAGACCUACCCCCACAGGCCCAGAACUACGUGCGGUUUGUGGAGAACCAUGUGGGUGUGGCAGUCAAAUGGGUCGGUGUUGGCAAGUCCAGAGAGUCAAUGAUCCAGCUGUUCUAGACCCAACAGAUGCCCCGGGCCACAGAUGCACCCCAUCCCUGCAGGAGCAGCUGCAGCCAUGUUCCUCGGCAUCACAAGCAACACUGGAAACAAAACAUUUGAAAAUUAUUUUCUGUACUUCUGUUUUUCUGUUGACGCUUUCAGCUUGACCCAUUGAAUUCUACAAUGAUUUUAAACAUCUGAAAGCCAGCUCUGUGUACAGUUUUUAAAAUUCUGCCAUUUAAAAUGAGCCCCAGUGCUCAAAACAGAGGCCUUGUGUGACACACUGAUUGUCACACAGUGUGUCCAUUUGAAGCCAUGCUGUAAUAAUGUCCAGGAGCCGCUGCGUGCUUGCCUCAACUCUGUCCUGCUGCUUUCCAGCCCUAAGAGAUGACCAUGCUUCAUGACCAGAGUGUGCCUGGUGCAGCUUCCUAAGAGGAAAUCCUGUCCUGCACAUGAGCUGGCUGCCACUGGUAAAGUACCUCGAGGCCAAAGAAAGGGGCAGGCAGGCCCAGGACUGCAUGAAAUGCAGUGUGUUGGAAACUUGGGCAUGUCGUGGUGGCAGCAAAACAGGAAGGGCUUGGUGUCCAGUGUAUGGCACAGGGCUUGGGGUGGGACAGAACAGCAGGAUCAGUUCUUUGGGUUUUCUGGGAAUCCUUCCAUAAUAUGUCAAGGAAAGGAAGAAGAGAGAGCUUCCAAAGAGGCAGAUGCCAGCCCAAUGCCCAGCUUAGAACUCCCAUGGACACCUGCAUGGGUAACCCCUAGGACCCCAAUAAAGGCCCUCAGGUCUCUGCCCCUACCAGCUGGUGUGUCAUGGAGAGCUGGCCUGCUGGUCUUGUCACCUGGAUCUGUAACAAACCACUUUGGAGGCAGGUGUAGUGACACAUGCCUGUAAUCCCAGCACUCCGGGAGGCUGAGGCAGGAGCAUCACAAGCACCAGUUCCACCUGGGCAAUUUAGUGACUUGGUGAGACCGCGUCUCAAAAAAAACGUUUUUUAAAGAAUUUACAAAAGGGCUGAGGAUGGAGCUCAAUGGUAGAGUGCCCUGGGCAAAUAAACAAAAGCACUCCA